CCUCCGACCAAAUUUUUUUUUUGACAAUUAUCACGGUGGCCGUACCAGAAAUUCGUGACGAUUCAUCCUUAGGUUGAAGAUAAAGCCAGUUCGUCUUCCUUUGGAGUGUAGGCAAAAUCGGGACAAAUAACGACCAUGGCAUCAAAAUCCUUAGCGCAGAAGAUCGGCCCCGCCAUGAGGAGGCAGGCCGUGUCGUAACAGACGCGGCGGCGUCGAGGAUACGCCAGCUUUUGCAGCAGCGGCAGCGGCCUUUCCUCCGGCUUGGCGUCAAAGCUCGCGGAUGCAACGGCUUGUCCUACACGCUCAAUUACGCAGGUGCGUUGCUGCUGCCACUCUCCUUCUUCGAUCUCCUCUUGUAGCUCUUGCUUUAUUUCGCCCUGAUCUUAGGUUGCGCUUUAACGUGGUUCCGAUAUUUUCUACCAUUUGAGACAGAAAGUCGAAAUUGGUAUUGUUGACAUGCUCUGGAUCUCGCUGUGAUAUGAUGAUUAUUCUUUUCUUCGGAGAAGGGGGAAAUCUAUGGUGUAGAAUCGAACCUCCCUUUUCUCUACCAAUUUCCUUUUAUCUGUUGCAGGUCGUCCUGUGGAAUUCCUAGAACUAAUAGUGAAUCAUAGAUUUGAUUUGAUGCCUAUGUGGAAAACUCAUAACUGACUCUUUGAUAAAUGCAACCACUUGCUCAAUGAUCAGUUCCUUCUUAUUACCUCUGGCUGCUUUGAUCGAACAGUUCUUGCUUCCGUGAUUAGCUAGGUAAUAGUUCAUGAUAUCCUGCUUGCUACCAUGGAGAUCUGGUCCUUCUUCUGUUUUCCACUGCUGCUGCGCCUUGUAUACUUGUGGUUCAUGUUCCAACGAAGGAAGUUGCUGAAAAUGAAAGGAUAUAUGUUGCUUUGCUUUUUGUUGAUAAUUCGAACAGACGAGAAAGGAAAAUUCGACGAGUUGAUUGACGAGAAGGGCGUGAAGGUACUGAUUGAUCCCAAGGCUCUCAUGCAUGUGAUUGGAACAAAGAUGGAUUUCGUUGAUGACAAACUUAGGUCAGAGUUCAUAUUCAUCAAUCCAAACUCUCAGGGCCAAUGUGGCUGCGGCGAGUCUUUCAUGACGACUUCUACCGGCAGUGCCGCACAAGGUACCAGUAGCCGAUAGGAGCUUCGAUAUGGUCGCUGUCAGAGAUGCUUACGGUGCGACUAUCCUGUCAUCUGUAAACUUGUGUGGGUUGUUAGAUCGGGGCUCGAUAUGAAAAACGGUUGGAUACAUGUAAAGGCAAGUAGUUCUUUGGCUUUGUAUGAUUCGUCUUGUAAAGGCAAGUUAACUGAACGUGUGUGUAAUCAUCUCUUCUUUUGCAAGUUAUGAGCUGCAUCCUCGCUGCAAACUGGAAUAUAUGCAUUCCUUCGUUUCCUUUAGCUGCUUGUGUUGGUGCUACACAUUUGAAGGCAUAAUGGAAGAAACCACAUUGAGUGAUCAGUCUCACAUUUGAUGUAGCAAGCUGUUUCGUAAUUCUAGCAUGUCUUUCCUUCCCUCGAGCAAACUUUUGAGUGAUUAGUCUCACAUUCAAGUAACAAUGCGUACGCUGGUCAGACUCGCCUAGUCCAUUUUACCCUGCCAGAUCACCCGACCUAACUCCAGAAAUGAAUAAUAUGAGCAAUGGCUAGCAGACACCAUUUUAAGCAAACAAGCAUCUAACUUA